AGUCUGAUAAUGGUGACAUUCUCUUUUGACUUACAGUUCCGACAUUCCUGCUCACCCACUGAGAAAUGAGUUUUUCCACUAUAAAUAAUCGACUGACAUGUAAAGAGUUGACAUGAACAGUAUUUCUAUUGCACCCAUCAUAUCCUGAGUGGUCUUGCUAAGAGCUUGUGUAAGUUGUGUCUCCUACCCGCCGCACAUCGCGAUCAAACAUUGCGCGCGCGCGCACCCGAGCCACGUGACGUCACCCGCGGAACGUGCUCUUCUCCACAAGCUCGUACUACGACGACGACAGUCGGCGAUGUCAGGUUCAAAAGAGGCGGGUGGAGAAGACAGGGACGCUUAAACCGCCAACUUCUGCCGCACACGUGGUGUUGUUGCUGUGGCAUCUGGUGAUGUCGUCGUCGUCGUCAGACUGUCGGUUGUGCUCGGUGGUGCGACCUGGCGUACGCACGCGCGGCCAAACGCCGCGUCAUUGUUCACGUUCACGCUCAACGACAGAGAAAGAAAAGCGUGAGUGGCAGGUGUGCAAACAACAGAUGGCUGGAGAGACUGGCAGUCACACGUGCUGUGGCGUCUGCUCCAAGGCUGAUGACUGUGGACGGCGUGUGCACGCGACACCCGAACGUGCAGCUGACGUGCAGGACUAACACAAGGUCAAGGUUCGUCAUUCCACCCGUCUUUAGCAGACACUCGGAUGUGAAAACUGUGCUCAUCCACCCCCCACUUGUGUUCUCGCGAAACAUUAAGACAGCCAUUUGCUUCGCCAUCAUCGGGACUAAUGGCCGCCACGCUCUCCAUCGACGUCUCAAGGCCGGCAGGCUGACGACCUGCGCGCGCAUCAAAAUGGUGGCGGAGCCAUUUGACGUGCACGUGCAGCGCUAGUGUAGUCAGACGAUGUUUGCAUAAAAGCAUUCCCUAGAGUCUGUGUGACUUCUACUCUUGCUGAGAUGUAAAGAUAACGAGUUCAUGGAGUGCUUAGAACUUCUGCAGUGAGUGUUUCUCAGUGAUGCGCCAAGCUCCUGCUGAGCCCGGGUACCUGUGAAAUGUUUGUUUCUUUAUGUUUUGUCGACAUGAAAACAUCAUCUUGCUGCAGGUAUCAAGCUUACGACCACAACCCAUCAGUGACAAAUUUCUGAUAAGGACAUGUCAGUGCAUGAACAGCAAACAAUACUGAGGUUGAUAUGUUGCGGUUAAUAAAUAUUAAGAGGGACUUCACUUAAAUGUCAAAAUUAACAUACUGCAACAUAAGAACUUAGGUUAGCCAACAAUUACUAAAACGAAAAGCUCAUUCCGAGCUGGAUUCAGUUGUUUUAAGACUGGUUGGUAUCCUCCGAAAAUUGAUAUCAGAGCCAUUCUCCUCCCUUGCCUCCUGUCUGCUAUUGUCACAGUCUCAUGGUUCUACAACUUCUCUUGUCGUUAUCGGCGAUAGACUAUCCUCGGUUGUCCCUUACUUUGAGAUCAGAAUGAAAGAAGCCACGGGACUGGACGAGCAGCCUUAUUCCUUAUCGUCCCGUCCUCCUGCUGUACCGUUUCCCCAGUCCAGUGUCAACACCAGGGUGUCCCCUGACCGUUAUGGACACGCCAACGCCGGCCGUGGUGUCGUCAGUGACGUUUUGUCGUUGUCGGCGCGGCAGCACGCAGCUGGCUACAAGUCCCUCCCAUCAGCCCCCGGCACCGAGCACCUCACCUCCUACAAGCGGCUCGUGCAGGGGGACUUGGCCAAACACACUGACGUCCCCGGACGACGCUCGCACACCAGGUUAGUCAGGACCAGGUCAAAAGACUCGACCUCUGACCCCACUGCUCAAACACAGUACGUGGUCCUCUGCCCCUCGGGGACCAAGGUUCGACGAACUAAGGUCUCGAAGAAAGACCGCAGCGAGAAGCCCAUUGCCCCCGGAGUGUCCAGGUCGGACAUGGAACUUUCCACGUUAACACGUCGCUCAAACACCUUCGUAGUGGAUUCAGUUUCUAAAAGUCCCAGCUCCGGCCUCGCGAAUCAUCUGGAAGCUGCUAACCCGGAUGUUAAUCAUCAAGGAAGCAAAGAAAAGAUGUCUGAAGCACGGAGAGGAGAAACAUCUCACACUGCACCGGAUGCUGUCCUCACGGCGUCUGAGAGGUUGUUGAAGAAACAGGAAAUCCUCUCUCGGCUGUCAGAAAGACUGUCUAAUGAAUUCGAAGAGCUGCCAGAAGAGAGUGCACUCCCCAGAAAAUCCAAGAUCGUGAAGAAAAAGUUUGUCCUGGGACGGGAGGGAGCGCGGAAUCCGGUCCAAGAGAGAAAGAUGGCCGCCAGGCCCAAGUCCGCCGGACAGCUGCGUUACUACGACAGUGAUGGAAGUGACGACAGCUCUCUAGACGGAGAGAUUGAAAUCGUCGACAUCGACAAGGAGUUGCAGGAGGACCCUUCCGAGCCCGCUCCCUACUACACCGGCAUGGAACCUCUGCAGAUCCCCGAAGUUGUUUACACACAUGACCCUCAGACUUCACCUCCUUUGUUUAACCGCUUCAGACCCAAACCUUCUAAACAAACACAGAAAAACAUUCAUCAGCAACUACAGGUGCAGCAAGACGCCAGCUACAAGCAGCGGCCGGUGGGUUACCGGAAGCGGCAUGGCAGCGGCGAAUCAGAACUAUCCGCGUUUAGCGACACGUCGUAAACCCUAGCAACGCGCAUGCGCGCAGAAGGUUCAUGAGCGACCCGGAUAUUGAAAACGGUCCUUCUCUUGACAAGGGUGUUGCGCGAACUGAGAACCACGUGGACGUCGGGGUUCGCAACAACGGCGUGACGCACAGACCCGAGAACGUCACCAAACGCCUGUCUCUUCAAGACGGCACGGAGCCGUUCGCGUCAGCGAUGACGUCAGCCAUGGGGCGUGCAUUCACGUGACCGGUUGUACUCCGACGCCAUGGAGCGCGUGCUGUCUCGCUACUCCGAGAUGGCGGUGCGCGAAAGACCAGACGAAUCUUCUGGAAAGCCUAAAUCAAAAACACUGCGGAAAGUGCCCGGAACUGUUCCUCCUUCCACGUUCGCACCUGGCAACGCCUCCGUCACCUUCGGAAGCAGCCGAGGACUUCCGCCGAGAAAGUUGAAACCUAUUCCACGGAGAAGCGAUUCUGAGAUUUCUUAGAGUACACGGGGUGGUCAUGUUUUUCUGUAAUGUUUUACUCGUCCUCUCUCUUCGGUCACUACGUUUACCGGAGGAGGAAAUAGUGUUUGGGACAGUGUGUCGUCACAGUGCAGCUUCCUCCAGUUAUCGCCUUAUCUUUGUCUGCAGGACAGUUGCAGACUUGUCAACGCUUACACAGUGUUAACAAUCAGUGGAAUUUUUAAUGCGCCGAAUUAUUAGACCACAAACAGGUCCAUUGCCUCCAUCACGGGCUUGGAAAAGAAUCGGCAACAGACCGGAAGUGCUGAUCGUGACUGCCGAGUGAGUUCAUUCCUCGCUCCAUCUGUCUAUCUAGUCUGCCAGCAAUGAGCCACGGAACCAUUAUAAUAAAUGCUCCAGCUUCCGAUCCGUGACAAAUCUUUGAUGUGGUGUAUUAUGUCUGCCAGUCUAAGGUCAUAUAAAUAUAUUAUGAACCUCGUUCAGAGGCAUAACCGUCCGAUACAUUUUAAGUGACGCAUCCUGUCACGUGACACAUAAACACCCUCGAGCAGUCGUGGGUGCUCAGCCUUGGGUAGCGAACCCUCCCACUUCACCUUUCCUCCUUCGCUGUGUGAACCGAGUGACACCGCCGUCAACUGUCUGUCAUUGAUCAUCUAAAUGGAAAACGCGCGCCUGAGACCAUUGAAGUCCGAUCAAAAUAACCGGUCCCUGGACCGGAGCGAACCUGUUAACACCCGGAGACCAGGUGCCCAUGGCACUCAAUGACGGUAGCAGGGUGUAAUAUGGAAAACGUGCUGUACAGCCAGGAAGGGGUGGGGUAGGGGACAAGGGCGGACUGGGUGGCGAAUACACUGAGUGUAAGGAAGAUCAUUCUUCCGGUGCAACACUUCUGACUUCUGGCUUUGCCAACGACAGACAGAUGACCUCAGACUAACAAACAGACUAGCCUGUCCCGCAGUCCCAGUAACAGACUACAAACAGACUAACCUGUCACAACAGACUAACAAACAGACUAACCUGUCACGCAGUCCCAGUAACAGACUAACAAACAGACUAACCUGUCACGUACUCCCAGUAACAGACUAACAAACAGACUAACCUGUCGCUCCUUAGUGGCCUCCAGCUGGCGCCUUGAAGUCUUCUAGUCCGAAAGUAUACAACACUUCUUGAUAACAUAGGAGAUGUCAUUCUUAACUAUCAAACUAUUCAUGAUAGGCAGACAGCUGCUGCGAGUAAACUCAUUAACAGAAAGUACCACAAGUAAAUUCAGCUUCAAUUAGAAGAAAACAAAUAAAAGUAACUGCCAUGCACCCCAGUGAGUCAGCGGUGUGUCAUGUCACGUGCUGCCUCAUGGUCCUCUCCCAUGUCUGUCUGUAGCAUCACCUGGCCCAUGGUGCCAGCGGAGAUGAAAUUUCCAGUGUUCUA